UUAAAAUAAAACUGGGCAUCAGAAUGUCUAAAUUGCGAAUAUAUACUAUCUAUAACUUCUGUACACGUAAGCUGAAAAGUUGCGUAGUUCUAGAUAACCGAUAUAGAUGUGACGCGGCCAUGGCCCAUUUGUGAAAGUAGAUAUGAUUCAUAAAAGACUUAUUUUCAAAACUGAUAAACUUAAAUAAACCAUAAUGCAAAAGAAAGCAUGGGGCUUAUAAAAUAUAGCUGAUAUUUGUGAACUGUGACAGCAUAAUUUAAUAGAAUGGUAGCAGAACUAAAUCAUUGCUCUUUGGAGAUAGAAUAGAUUAGGGAAAAUAGAUAACAAGACAAAGAACAAUAAACCAGCUGUGUUCUGCAUCUGUGUGCCUUUUGAAUUUCCAGUUGGAAUGAGAGAGUACCUAUAGUAACAGAACUGUCAGCAUGGGGAGGCCACUGAAAACAGCCGAGUUUGAUGCAACAUACUACCCUGCAGCUGCGGUCAGCUUUGUUUUUAUGCUGUACCUCUUCAAAGUUCUUAGUCCCAAAAUAUCAGCAAGAGUCUCUGAGCGCUACAAUCUUUUGUCUGCCGAACAACAGGUAGACUGGAAUGUCAGGGUUGUCUCUACCGUCCAUGCAACCUUGGUCAGCUCUAUGUGUGCAUACUCUUUAAUAUAUGAUAAUGAGAUCAGUGAAGAACCUAUAUGGUGGGAUGCCCCUGUUGUAAGAACAAGCUGUGCAAUAGUUGUGGGUUACAUGGCUGCUGAUCUUGUGGUAAUGACAAUCCAUUACAAGCAUAUUGGUGAAGCAUUUUACUUCUUUCACCAUGGGGCAUCUAUGUAUGCAUAUUAUUAUGUCAUGACAUAUGGUGUGUUAGCAUACUUUGCAAACUACCGCUUGAUAGCAGAAUUUUCAACUCCUUUUGUGAAUCAAAGGUGGUUCCUGGCUGUGUUGGGAAGUUCAAAAUCAAGCCCUGUGUUUGUUGGCAAUGGCAUUGCUAUGGCCGUAACAUUUUUUGCUGUGCGCAUAGCUGUCAUGCCAGUUUAUUGGCAUAAGGUAUAUAGUGUCUAUGGUACAGAACCAUUCAACCGCCUUGGCCACAUCCAGCUAGUUCUCGUUCUGACAUGCGCAGUUUUAGACAUCAUUAAUCUUUUUUGGUUCUUUAAAAUAUUUUCAGGGGCUCGCAAAGUUCUAGCUAUGUUUUUGAACAACGAGUCAGCUGUUAGCAAUUCAGGCAGCAGUGUAAGUUUAAAAAAUACUUUUGGGCACCCUCAUAAAGAGUAGUGAGGCACCUACCAUGUGCAAGAAUGUACUUUGUUAGAGAUACAGCAGUAGUUUUCAAGUUUUGCUUAAAACAUAUUCAGAUAUAUACAUGUAGAAAAUAGUUCAUAUCGUUUUUAUUUUAGUAAUAUAUACUGUUGGUUUUGUGGCAUGUACUAUGUAGUGGUAGAAAUGUUGUAUUUGUCCUUUUCAUAUUUUAGUAGUGCUGAAAAUGUCAACUUUAAAGAAUGAAGAAUAUCUAAAUGAACAUGGUGACUUAAAAUGGAUGAUUUUACAUGUAUUUGGCAGAUGUGUGUGGGCAGCAGAAGCUGAAUAAGAGGAAUGCUAUUUAUUUGUUUAAAUACUUUUUAUGAGUGAUCCUGUGUUAGGUUUGUGUAAGAACAGGGGCUUUCACAUCGUUUGACUAGAAAUGAAGUGGUCAGUUUAUUUUGGUCAUGUUUCUGAUGUUUUUCACCUUCUCAAUAGAUGUCGGAUCUUUCUUUUUGUAAUAGCAUACUCUUUUUUAGGCCAUGUUUUGCUUUUAGAUUAACCCAAUUUUCCUCUGUUGGUGAGCACAAAGAUGUGUUUCAGGGGAUAUUUUCAUCACACAUCGGCUUAUUGUUUCUAUACUUUUAAAAUGCAGCCAGCUUUUGCACGUAGACAAUAGAAUGCAAAUUCUGCAUUCACAUUGUCAGAUAUCCCAUUGCUUAAACAUCCUACAGAACACAUGAAUAGGAACAUAAGAAAAUCUGUUAUAAAGAGGAACAGCUACUCCCAUUGAACAGACUGACACUUCUGCAUUAUUGAGUGUACAGAUUUUACCUCUUUAUUUUAAGCUCAGAGAGGGUGACUUUUUUACACAUCUACUUAGAGGAGAUCUGAAGAGUUGGCUUACUGGUAUUAGUAUGUCAGAAGCAUUACUUUGUCCAAUCAUUGUCUUCGAUAUUGAUGUGUCCUGUAAGAUUUUUUCCAAUUUUUAUUAGUGCUCGUAUCACGAGUUACUACUGUGUCUUAUUUGUACAAGUUUUCAAAAUUGCUUCACAUUAGAGCGUACCUAAUUUUAUUUAUAGAAACAACCACUAAAAUUCUAAUAGAUGAGUGGAAUAAUAUUCAUUAUGUAAUGUACUUUGAUUUUAGAACUCAUCUUGGCAGAAAUAAUUAUAUAGAAUAUAAAGUACUAAUGUUGUAGCAGUACUAUUUUUUUUUUUAAGGAAAAGUGUUUAGAAUUUAAUGCAAAAUGUUGUGAUUAGUGGUUACAUUUAUAAAUAACUUACAGUUUUAAAUGAAUAUUGUCCACCACAGAUGAUUUCAUGACAAAUUGUUUGACAAUUUCAAAGUGCAUAUACUGUUGAUUUCCACCACUACACUCUUUGUGCAGUUUGGUAUUCCCUCAGCAGUUUAUCUUUGUUUUUGAGGCCACCAGAUCAAAAGAUUGCUUUAGUUCACAUUAUCAUUUUUUGAAAUUUAAAAACAAGGUUUCUUAAUCUUGGGUCCAGUCUUAAUUCCCUUUUCCUAAGAGUUUAAUACUCUGGAUGGUUUGCACAAGCAUUUUGAUGGGUUUUUAAAAAAAAUAAAAAAAAUGCCUUCAAGUUUAAAAAGGAAAAUAGUGUGUAAAUUACAAGCAUGUUAAAUGUGGAAAAAUGUCGUGUUGACGCAAUUCACCCAGGGAUGGGAGAACAGGGCAUUUAGGCUCUCAACCUGUGCAAUUUUUGUGUGUAAAAUGGUUUUGUUGUUUCAUUGCAUUUUUAAAUGGAUCAGUGUUGAAUUAGUGGUGUUUGUUCACAUGAUAGACACUGCAUCUAUUUCAGUGUUUACUGAGUCUUUUUAGUCUUUAUUGAGUCAGUUACAUUUUAUUUGCUGCUGUCAUAGGCAUUUUUUUCUUUUAGCUUAUUGGAAAUCAAUGAACUCAACCCUUAUCAAAUAAAAAAUCAGCUGCACACAUGUGAUGAAAGUAAGUAAAUAAUUUAAAAAUGUGUUUAUUUUAUUUUUGAAGCUUUCUAGUAUUUAGGAAGUAGGCGAAAAAUGAUUACAUUUAUGUGGUUGACCAUCCACUCCAGGUUGUUGAUGGAUCAAACAUUUGAAUUACUUUUCUUAGAGACCAUCAUUUCUCACAUGUGUAUGCGUUAAUAAAUCUGUGAUUUAUAUAGUCAUACUCAUGCUCUUAGUGCUUGAGACAAGAACGAGACACAGACAGCAUACGAAGGACGGAAGGUUGAGUGACAGUACUGAUGACUAAUAAAAGACGCAUAGAAAAUGCAAAGAGGAAUUGGGUAAUAAGAACUGAAGGAUUUGUGAUUCUGCAGAGGAAGAUGAAGAGGGAAGUAGCCAUUAAAGGAAAAAAGGAGUGGGGGAGGGGGCUAGAGAUAGACUAGCAUUCUGUGGACUGUUGUUAGAAGUAAUGCUCAAAUGCAGUACUACGAUGAAUUUAACCAUGGCUGUGUCUCCAAAGAUACAAGGAAAGAAAAGGAUAAAUCUCAUCUAAAAUGCCAAAAAAAAAAGGUGUUCAUGUUGCUUCUUAUAAGCUAAAAAGUUAAAAAUAUUUUGGGAGCAUUCCUCCACCCUUAUUCAUGUGUGUGUGUGUGUUUUAGAUAGGGCUUUAUCAUUGACAAUAUCAGGGAUAUUAAAGAUAAGCAUUGAGAUGAAAAAGUGUGCCUCAAUUUUGUUUCUGAUCAAUCAUGCAAUGUAAUUUUUGAGAUUUGUUUGAUUUUUAAAAAAAUCGAAGAUGAAUCCUCCUAUGUGCUAGUCAACUCAGUGGUCUUUUUUUCAGAGAACAUUUAUGUGGGAUUUGGCAUGAGUAGCUUUUAUCUUGUCUACAUAGAUAUAUGUGUGUGUGUCUGGGUGUACAUAAAUGCAUGCGUGUGAGACUGACAUGAUACUUCAUUCUUAACAAAGUGUGAAACAUACUGUUAAAAGUUUUUUUUGAAAUGUGUGUUGUUUCCUGGGACCAUUUUACUAGAUUUUAAGAUGCACUUGAUUAACCUUUUACAAUAUGUGGCUUUUUGUGGUCAUGUGCAUUGUGAAUGGUUUCAUGUGAGCAGACAUUUUAGAUAUGGAUAGUGUGUUAUGUAAUACAGAUAUAAAUAUUGUCAUUUAGCAUAAAAUAAGAGCUAGACACUUAAAUAGUGUUCACUGUCAGUGCACUUCAUUUUACGAAGAACUGUAAAGUUCCAUUUGCACAGCAACUUAAAUAGCCUGUAACUUUAAAUUUUAGUUGAUGGAUUUUUUUUUUACUGACCUCAUCACAUGCUACAGUUACAGCUCCAGAAAACCUUAAAAUGAAAAAUAAAGAAUUGUGUGAAAUGUACACCCCAACAGGUUUUAGAAAAACAUGUAAACAUGGAGAGAAGUUUGGAUUAAGGACAAAUAAGUAGUCAUUGUAUCUGUAACCAACAUGUCAGUCCCUGAUGGCUACGUAGGGGUGGGCUUGUUGUACAAGAACACAACAGAGAUUGAAAUUGCCGCAUAAUCGUAGUUUUUAUUCAGUCUCGUGUCAACAUGUCAGUCCCUGAUGGCUGGCUUGCCCUCUCUCCACUCUCACUUCCAAAAUCAAAAAACCUCUCUCAACUGUAAAGCUACACUACUUAUAUCUUCCGUCGAACGUUCCAGAACCAUCCACCCCAUUUUCCCACAGUCUCGUCACGACCUUUCUCAGUUCCCGUGGUCACCCCCACCCUGCCCUGUCUGGUCAUUGUCUCCCCAAGUGGCUCAGACAACUUCUGGUGUAACAAUAGGUCCAGUCGCCACUAGUUUCGGGUGGACAGUUCAAGGCUGGCUAUUACGCACGCAGACGGCGUGAGAAAGGGACAGUCCUGGGAGCUGUCGACCCCUACGCUCUACAAAACAAAGACAUAACUUAAUACACUAUUAGAGUACUACACAUCAAUAUCAGUAUUUUGAACUUGUCAUGUUUAUCUGUUUACAUCCAUUUGCAGCUCUACAAAGAUAUAACUUUGUACACUACUAGAGUGCUACACAUCAAUAUCAGUAUUUUAAACUUGUCAUGUUUAUCUGUUUACAUCCAUUUGCAGCUCAUAUUAAAAUUUACCUUCAGCAAUU